AGUCACGCACGUGCUGUGUUCGAAUUGAUCAUCAGUUCCAUUGAGAUACCUUGUGAAUUUCUUGUUAUUAUGGGAAGCGUCAGCCGUYUAGUGACUGGUAUUCUUGUUAUUAUCUUCUGUAUGUCGGCGAUGGUCAAACUCACCCCACGAUUUGAUGCAAAAGCUCACGAGUUUAUGAAAAAAGAAUUCAAAAAGUUUGCUAGAGUGAGUCCACAAACACAGCUUUUCAACACAAAAGUAAAUCCAACACAGUUCAUGAGGACAUUUGCUUUCAUYGAAGGAUUCAUAGGCCUGUUUAUUUUAACUGGACCCAAAGAAGUCAGUUUGUUAGCAAGUGUAGUGGGUAUAGUGCUACAAGGAUCUGUAAUACAGAUGAUGUACAAGUUGGGUAACCCUAGAUUUACCUAUAUUCCUGCCUCUGUUGCUAUUGCUCUCCUAGUUGUGAACAUUGCAUUGCUGAUCACCAGYAAAGAUGAACAACAGCAAAGAAUCAAAAAGGAGUAACAUAAACUGUUUUAUUUCAAAGCUCUUUUAUUGACUAUUGACAUUUUAGUGAAUUUCUAACAGGAUUUCUAGAGCUAAUUGUUUGUUUAGAAAKGGUAUUAGAUUCAAAAUGUAGACCCUUUGUAAGUGUGAUGUCRCAGUAGCUUAAUUUGAAGUCUUCAAUCAUCACCUCACUUUGUCUGAUUUCCUGUCCCUGCCACAAGGAAGUCUGACAAGGAGAAGCUGUUCGAGGGAUUACACAAAAGGUGUUCUCUCCUUGGAACGAGAAUCAGUUAUUUUGUCUCCCAAAUGGAUAGAAAACCACCUACAAAUAAUUUCAUAUUUUAGAUGUUUCAAAAAAAAUCGUUCAAAAUUUAUUAAUUAUUUAUAUUUACAACUACAUGUAAAAGUCUGCUAGCUGAUUUAGAUUUGACUUCCACGAUAUGRUACAAGUUGUGAUACUAGAUUGCCAGUGAACUAUUUUGCUGUUAAAUUAUGUUGAGUUAAAGGCAGMAAAAGCUGACACAUUCAGGGUGGAUAAAGGAGUUUUU